AUCGACAAAGACAGGUUAGAACCAAUAGUUCAUUCUCAAAUGAAUUGUUUCGUUCUACUACUCUAUCCGAGAGUUAUCAAUAUUUAUCAAAUCUGUUCCUAUCUAAUGGAACCCUAUUGGCUCAAAUUACAAAGACAUUGUUGAGAAAAAGAUGGCUUUUCCCGGAGGAGAUGGUUGUUACUAUCUGUUCCAAUAACGAAUGAUUGGUUUAACUGAAUAACUAAAUAAAAUAGAUACUUUCUUUCUCGUUAUUUCAAGUGGAUAUGGGGAUCUUUCAAUUGAAAGGAUCCCCUAAUAUAGAUAAUACAAAUUCAUGUAUUUGCAUAAUUUGGAUUCCGAACAUUCAUGAUCUGGAUGGGAAUGAGUCGAAUGACUUAUCCCUGGGUCUAUUAGUCAACUCUCUUUCCAAGGAUUCUGAAAAAUCUUCUACUAGAAAUAUUCUUGUUAUUGCUUCGACUCAUAUUCCGCAAAAAGUGGAUCCCGCUCUAAUAGCUCCGAAUAAAUUAAAUACGUGUAUUAAAAUACGAAGGCUUCUUAUUCCACAACAAAGAAAGCACUUUUUCAGUCUUGCUCGUACGCGGGGUUUUCACUUGGAAAAGAAAAUAUUCGAUACUAAUGGAUGCGGGUCCAUAACUCUGGGUUCUAAUGUACGAGAUCUUGUAGCACUUACCAAUGAGGCGCUAUCGAUUAGUAUUAUACAAAAAAAAUCCAUUAUAGACACUAAUAUAAUUAGAUACGCUCUUCAUAGACAAACUUGGGAUUUUAGAUCUCAGAUAAGAUCGGUUGAGGAUCAUGGUAUACUUUUCUAUCAGAUAGGAAGGGCUGUUUCACAAAAUCUACUUCUAAGUAAUUUUUCCAUAGAUCCUAUAUCUAUCUAUAUGAAGAAGAAAUCAUGUAACGGGGUGGAUUCUGAUUUGUACAAAUGGUGCUUGGAACUUGGAACAAGCAUGAUGAAAUUAACGAUACUUCUUUAUAUUUUGAGUUGUUCUGCCGGAUCCGUCGCUCAAAACCUUUGGUCUCUAACCGGACCUAAUGAAAAAAAUGAUGGUAUCACUUCUUAUAGACUCCUUUCUAAUGAUUCUGAUCUAGUUCAUGGCCUAUUAGAAAUAGAAGGUGCUCUGCUGGGAUCCUCACAGACAGAAAGUCCUUUUCAGAAUGAUGGAGUAACAUUUCUUAUUAGGCCCGAACCAAGGAAUCCUAUCAAUAUGAUUCAAAAUGGAUCUCGUUCUAUCCUUGAUCAUAGAUUUCUCUAUGAAAAAUAUGAAUCGGGGUUCGAAGAAGGGGAAGGAGUCCUCGACCCGCUAGAGGAGGAUUUAUUGAAUCACAUAGUUUGGGCUCCUAGAAUAUGGCGCCCUUGGGAAUUUCUAUUUGAUGAUUGUAUCGAAAGGUCCAAUGAAUUCGGAUUUCCCUAUUGGGAAAGGUCAUUUUGGGACAAGCAGAUCAUUUAUGAUGAAGAGGGUGAGCUUCAAGAGAAUGAUUCGGAGUUCUUGCAGGAUGGAACCAUGGAGUACCAAACACAAAAUAGAUCUUUCAAAGAACAAGGCGUUUUUCGAAUAAGCCAAUUCAUUUGGGACCCCUCGGAUCCACUCUUUUUGCUAUUCCAAGAUGAUCCUUCUGUAUCUGUGUUUUCACAUCGAGAAUUGGUUGCAGAUGAGGAGAUGUCAAAUAUACUUUUGACUUGCCAAACAAAUUUUUUUUAUUGGAAAUAUCUAUAUAAACGCUGGUUUAGGAAGAAUAAACGCUGGUUUAUGGAAAUAUCCUGUUGA